UACAUGUGACCUUAGAGAGCAUUAGACCUUCAGGGUUCGCCACAUUUACAAGCCACGCCUUGCUUCCCUGAAACGAAAGUGAAACGAGAGCUUCUCUUAAAAAUGAAACUAGUGGGAGUUUAAAUGGAGCUGUACCUUUUUUUUAAUGCAGCGGGUUUUACGCUCCCCUCACCUAUUAUAAGCUAAUCAUUGGGCUGAAGUGUACUUCUCCCCAGCAUGGAACGCGAGGAGCAGACGGGCCGUCGGCAGGAGACUCCAGUCAAUGGGAAACAUUAUGAGUGGCAGCUGUCAGAUGGACAUCAGUGGCUGCCGAUUGACCACGACCACGUGAUCGAGACCCACUACUGCCAACCUGGAGCUAAAGGAAUCACCAUCAACUUCAUCCACACGAAGGUCUUCAUAGACUUCGAUACGCUGCAGACUCAAACCGCCGGUCUGAGGGUCCAGAGGCUGAGCCUCCUCCCCCGGGGCCACACCGAGGACGUGGGCUGGUACUUCAGAGAUGACCAGCUGUGGCGUGAAUACGGAUCCCGGCAGACUUCCAGCAGGCCGCCGUCGAUCAGCAGCGGGGAGAUCGAGCGCCAGUUCGCUCUGAACCCUCGAGGAACCGUCAGCUUCACAGUGGGCUCGGCGGGCUACUCUCUCGACUUCUCAGCCAUGGCACAAACAAACCGCAUCACGGGCCUGCGCAGGAAUGUACGCAGACGUCCGAAGUUCCCCUCCAACGCAGAGAGCUUUGACUCCACCUCAGCUUCCUCCUCCCAGCCCACUGAUGGAGGCUACACGUGGGAGUUCAUGGGCGAUGAGGGGAAAUGGACAAAAUACGAAGCAAACAUGUGUACGUUGGACAGCGGCGCCAUCGAGAGACAAUACCAGCUGAACCCAGAAGGCCAGCUGCACUUCAACACCGAGAGACACUCGUACACGCUGGACUUUGCAAGAAUGCGUCAAGUCAACGACACCUUGGGGACGGCGAGGGCGGCGAGGAGGACUGCCGACUGCGGGGGUCAACGGAGCGGCAGCACACCGCCACGAUGGCAGUUCCAAGACAUCGGUGGAGUUUGGAGAGAUUAUUCCAAAGGAAGCAACAUUUCCAGCCAGGACCUCGAGCUCCAGUACCAACAGAACCCAUCCGGCAGCGUGAACUUCACCACAAGGAACUUCCGCUAUGAGCUCAACUUCUCAGCCAUGAGUCAGAAGAACUUGUUCACAAGCACCACCAGAUCAGUGCGACGACUUACCCAGUGACUGUGGGAGGUCGGAGGUCAACGUCGACCCUCACACCGGCCUGGAUGUCUCUCAAAACUGGGGCCAGUACCGUUUCUCACAAGCUCCCUCGUCUCUUUUUCUUUUUGAUUGACCUCAUGCAGUUUUAUUUGACACACGUAAUUAUUUUACUGCACUUUGUGUGCCAAACUGUUUUCCCCGUAGCAGUGGGGUCCAUGGCGUCGGUGAUAUUUAAUCAUAAGGAGUAGGCUGGGUGUUAAUAUAGACAGUGGCCGACAUUUAAAUCUUUAGACAAAUCUGCAGUCGCCGAGUGGAAUUGUGGGUAAUGUAGUCAUCUGGUUUAGACAAAGGAGAGGAAUGCAUGCGGCUAACUAGGAUGAAGACUCUGGUUUUGCACCUUUAACUACAAUACCUCAUUUUAAAAUGUCACUAUGUCCAACUGAGCGAGUCCUGAAGACGAGAUGUUUACCAAUGUUUCAGAAAUCCUAUUUUAAUGCAUCUUAGAAUGUUGCUUGUAACGUUUCCCAUUUGACAAGAUACCACUUAACUUAAAACCAACGGGACGUUAACUUUGAGGUUUCAUUUAAUGAACUGUGCACGUUAAAAUGUUCACUCACACUGCCAUGUAAUCAUUUAUUUGCUUGAUUAAAGUGACAUACUCUGA